AUGCCACGAGGAGAAGAGAUCCAACAUCCUGGUGCGGGGACUUUCUACGUCUAUGGAUCAGGAAGAGGUUCAUCUCCUUCUGGUUCAGGAAGAUCAAGAUCCAAACUAGGUUCGAAAGAAAGAAUAUCCAAAAAGGAGAGAGGAAGAGAUGGUUCCCCUUUUCCAAUUGGGUUACCUAUGACCAAGUGGGAUGAUCUCAUCAAAUAUCAGUAUCAUGAAGAUCCUACUGUCGCACCUAAUCCAGAUUCAUUAUUGAAACAUGGUAUAACGGAAUAUACUUUUAUUCCAAUAUCUUCAGGAGGUGUCUUAGGUAAAGGUAAAUUCAGUACCGUCUAUAAAGUCUUAGGUAUAGAUGGUUCAUACUAUGCUCUAAAACACACGCCAUUAUAUCCUCACCAUCCAUUGAUAUCAGCUAGAUUACUAAGAGAACCUACUUUAUUGGCUGAAUUACCGAGUCAUCCUUGUUUGAUAGGCGUUGAAGGAUGGGUAAGAACCCAAGGUCAUUUUUAUCUCAUCGAACAAUACGCUUCGUCUCACGUGCCUCUGCCUGCUCAUCCAUUACCACUUCAGCCUUCAAGAGCGGCAUAUAUCUUAGAUCAAUUGGUCUCAGUCAUCAGAGAUACAUUACAUGAGAAAGGAAGAGUAUGUCACAGGGAUUUGAAAGGUGACAAUGUUUUGGUUGAUGUGGAGACUGGAGAAAUUCUGAUUCUCGACCUGGGUCUAGCGACAAGAUUUUCAGCUAGUGAACCAAAGUUAACCACCUGUUGCGGCAGUCCUGCGUUUCAUAGUCCUGAAAUAGUACAUGCUCUCUCUCGCCCGCCAGGAGAAAUCACUUACUAUGGACCUGAACUAGACAUAUGGUGUAUAGCAUUAACGCUUCUCUCUUUACUACUUCAAGUUCGCUUCCCACUUGGACCUAAACAUACAUCCACCUAUGUAAUGCGAGAAAGGGUGAGGGAUAGAUUACAAGAACUUGAUGAAAUGUAUCCACGUCAUUCACCUUGGAAACCGCCAAGAUCAUCACGUAUAAAUGAUUUUUCAGGUUCGGGUUCUGCGAACAGUAACGUGGUGAAUUUGGAAUUUGAACGAAAAGAAUGGAGAAGAGUUAGAAAUGCGAUGAGAGAUUUCCUCGAAUUGGACGGCAAGAAGAGGAUGUCAAAUUUCAAUGCUUAUACGUUAGGUGAACAGAUAAAUCAAAGAGUAAACAAUUGGAUUCAAGAUGAAAAGACCCGAUUUUCAAGUUCAACAAGGUUUAAAUCUACUAGUUUCAUCGAGACUGAAAUCAAAUAUACUUUACCUAUUUAUCUGGAUCAAUCGGAAGAAGAAGAUAACGAUGAUCAAGCUGAACAUGAUUAUAGAGAAGCCGAAUCAUCUCAUCGUAUUUUGGGUCAUGGUGGUAAUGAUAAAUCGAGACCGAAGCGAAACAACCACAAAACUCAAACACAAAACCAAAAUCAAAACGUUAUUACACUGAGAAAUCCUCAAGGUGAAAGCGAAAGACGAUGUAAAAGUUAUAUCAAAUAUCUAUUACGUUCGUCAGGUGUAUUAUAUCACCUUUUACCACCCCCUUCAUCUUCAUCAUCAAUAAUGAAUGGUAGCGCUUCUUCGACAGCUUCUUCAAACGGGAACGAGACCAUUACCACUUCGAAAGAAGAUACCAUACUGCAAUUAGUCCUAGACAUGCCGGAUACACCUAUCGAUUCAUCUUCCCAUCAUCAACACACUCAUGCGCCAAAUGAUCCUCAAACAGGUUGGUUUCCUUCCUUCUUCAAUUUUCAUAGAAAAACACCUACACCUUCAACUUCACCUCAACAACGAUCAGUCUCAUUGCCACCUUCCAAAAGAUCAGAAAAACCUCUUACACCACCCAUCUCACCAAAUAAAGACACUACAUCUAAAUCCAACAAAAAGGUUUUAAGAUGUUAUAUCAAACUUGAAUUUGUAAAUCAAAUAUCGCCUUCGAUUUCGACUGAUAAACGAAGAGGUUCAUUGGAAACUAUUCAGACUUAUAAAGAUGGCUGGGGAAAUACUUUAACUCCUUUGCAUCCUGUUACAACGAAUAUGAGUACACAAACGAAUACAUCAUCAUCGACUCAAAAUCAACCCCAAAUUAACAGCGACGGAACAGCAAGAAAGAAUUAUAUAUACCCAGUCAGAUCUUCUUCCGUUACCAGACCUGUUAACAACAACAAUAGACCUGCAAAUAGAAGAUCAGUUUCCCACGCUGCUGCUCUAUCAAUUACUAGACCUUCCUUCAACAGGGUGACUACUAUGUCUAACAUCAACGUUCCACCUUUAUCACCUUUAAGUCGACAAGUAUCUUUAGCUUCUUCACCUUCUCCUCCACCGACACCGAUGGAACCCCUUUCAAGAGCACAAAGUAGAGCCUCCAGUAAAUCCAGAAGAUCGACAAGUGGUCUAGUCCCCUCCCAACAUCAUCACCAUCACCAACAUUCUCAUGGAUAUGGUUCCAGUCAACACGAAAGUAAGAUCAUAAUACAUUUGUCAGAUCCACGAUCUUUCCAAACACUUAAGAAAGCUUUCAACGUUAACCCAUUCCCAUAUAAGAUGAACAACAAUCACAGUAGCAGUACUGAACAUGAUGAUUUACUAUUACUGUCACCUAUGACAAUUAGAAGAAACAGUUUAGCACCGAGUUUGAUUGUAUCUCCAACGGAUGAGCAGAAUGAUCAAAUCCCUGAUCCAGAGGGAAAGAUCAAGGUCGGAAUAACUGGAGAAUUGAAUCCCGAUAAGAUAAUCAUACAAGAACAUGAUCUCGAACAAGUUGAAGUGAAUGGAAAUCGGAAUAACGAGGAAGAGGAAGAAGAAGAAGAAGAGUUGAGAGGUAGACCAAGAUCAAAAGAAGAUAUAUCAACCCUAACCAAUCAUUUACACAAGACGAAAUCACGUCAAUCAACGAAUAGUAGUUCGAAUAAAACCAAAUCGACCAAUUCAAUCAAAUCGAAAUCGUCAAAAAGUAGAUUAGAAGUGAAAAGUGUUGAUAGUCCACAACAGCUACCUCAAGAAAAAAGAGGUUUGUUAGAUGUUAUAUUUGGUACUACAUCUGUUGGCACGAACAAUAACAGUAAUAACAGUAAUAAUAAUAGUAGGAAUCAAGAAGAAUUGGGAUAUCAAUAUCAUAAUUCUUUAGGUAUCGCACUUGGAAGUGGAAGUGGCUAUGGAAGAGCAAUGAACAUGAAUAUUAGAGCUAAAUCAGUUCCUCCUUUUAGAGGUAUAGAGGAGAGGUUAUAA